GCUCCCGCUCCCUCUCCGCUUUAAAGUCUCAGCCAGGAUCCAGGCUCACAUGUUACUUCCUGUAUGGAAGAAUGGAAAGGUUCCAGCAGCAGCUCCUGCCUGACUCUGCCUCGCCAGCUUUCGCCGGAGCCCCAACUUCCAGCAGCGGGAUGGAUUGAAAGCAGCUCCGGGCAGCCCGACUCUCCGCCGCCGCCUUUUCCCUUCUUGCUCCGGGCUGCUCCCCAUCAUUUGGGAAGGGAACAAAAAAACCCUCCCGCUUCUGCCGCGCUCUGAACUGCCGUUCGCAGGGAUGCCUUUUCCCCUUUGGCCUGCCGAGAGGCUGCCCGCAUGAAGAGUCCGAGCCUGGCCGAGGCGCUUUUUCUCCAGCCAUCCCCGUCGCCGCCGGGCUCUUGGCGGCUUGGAGCGAAGUUGUGAGCUCCGGGGCGCCCGAGUUUCUCCCCCCCGCAGCGGUUCGCUUUGGCUUCCGAGGCCCUUGAGCGGCGCUGCCUCUGCUCAACUCUGGGACUCGCACGUCUUUGCACCCAAGCGGGGUGAUCCCAACCCGUGCAACUCGGGGAGCGGAAAGCGAAGAAGGGGGCCGCUGCGUUAUUGCGCUUCGGGAGUGCGAGAAGGACGGGAACGGUGCGGAGCUUGGGAAGGGGGGAACGGCCGUCAAAAGAAAAUAAACCCAAGAAUUGUUCUCCUUUUGUUUGCAGCCGAAGGGGGGGGAGGGAGGGAAGUGUGCAAGUUUGGUCGCCCUCCACAAGUUUUGCGUGGGAUUUUUUUGUUGUUGCGUGUUGCCUUUUUUUAAAGAGGGGGAAUGCGUGUGGGUCUGUGGAAUCCUCGCCUUUUUUGUUUUUAAACCCGUUUCAAGAACGCUCCCCACCCCCCCUCUUGCUUUAAUUUUUUCUUCUUCUCCGAUGUGCGGUUUUGGACAUGCGGAGGCUACUACAACCGUGUUGCUGGAUCUUUUUCUUGAAAAUUACCAUCUCCGUGCUCCAUUACGUGGUGUGCUUCCCCGCUUUGACUGAAGGUUAUGAUGGCCCCCUGCAUGAAAGUCGACACGGCAGUUUGGUGCAGAUCCGGAGGCGGAAGGCAUCUGGAGAUCUUUACUGGGCAUAUUCAGGGGCAUAUGGACCCGAGCAUUGGGUUACUUCAAAUGCGGAUUGUGGGAGAACUCACCAAUCUCCAAUUGACAUCAUAGAUCAUCAGGCACAUGUUGGAGCGGAAUAUCAGGAAAUACGCCUGGUUGGCUUCGAUAAUGAAUCUUCUAACAAGACUUGGAUGAAAAAUACUGGGAAAACUGUUGCCAUCCUUCUAAAGGAUGAUUAUUUCAUCAGUGGUGCUGGACUACCAGGAAGAUUCAAAGCAGAAAAAGUUGAAUUUCACUGGGGCCAGAGUAAUGGAUCUGCUGGCUCAGAGCAUAGCAUCAAUGGGAGGAGAUUCCCAGUUGAGAUGCAGAUUUAUUUUUACAACCCCGAUGACUUUGACAGCUUCGGGACAGCCAUCCAGGAAAAAAGGAUCAUAGGAACCAUGGCUGUGUUUUUUCAGGUCAGUCAGAGGGACAAUCCAGCACUUGAACCUAUUAUCCAUGGGCUGAAGGGGGUCGUACAUCAUGAAAAAGAGACCUUCUUGGAUCCUUUUGUGUUAAGGGAUCUCCUGCCAGCAUCUUUGGGAAGUUACUAUCGGUAUGCAGGGUCACUGACUACACCUCCAUGUAGUGAAAUUGUGGAAUGGAUUGUUUUCCGAAUGCCUGUCCCCAUCUCUUAUCGGCAGCUGGAAGCUUUCUAUUCCAUAUUUACCACGGAACAGCAAGAUCAUGUCAAAUCUGUGGAAUACCUACGGAAUAACUUCCGGCCUCAGCAGAGCCUGAAUAACAGGAUUGUUUCCAAGUCAGCUGUGAAGGAUGCUUGGAACCAACUUUCAACGAGCAUGUUCGAAAACCCACUGGGCACUGAAGCCUCCAAAGUUUGCAGUACCCCUCCUGUCAAUAUGAAAGUGAAACUCGUUAACAGAACAGCCUUGCUGGUGACCUGGAAUCAACCAGAGAUUAUCUAUCAUCCACCCAUUAUGAACUAUAUGAUUUCCUACAGUUGGAGUAAAAAUGAAGAUGAAAAGGAGAAGACGUUCACUAAGGACAGUGACAAGGACCUGAAAGCCAUCAUUAGCCAUGUCUCACCUGACAUCCUUUAUCUGUUCAGAGUUCAAGCAGUUUGCCGAAAUGACAUGCGCAGUGAUUUUAGCCAGACAAUGCUCUUUCAAGAUAACACAACUCGAAUUUUUGAGGGGACCAGAAUAGUAAAAACAGGAGUGCCGACAGCUUCUCCAGCACCUUCAGCCGACAUGGCUCCCAUCAGUUCUGGGUCUUCUACUUGGACUUCCUCUGGCCUCCCCUUUUCUUUUGUCUCCAUGGCAACGGGGAUGGGGCCUUCCUCUAGCGGGAGCCAGGCUACAGUGGCUUCCGUGGUCACUAGCACCUUACUGGCCGGUCUAGGAUUUAGUAGCAGUGGUAUUUCUUCUUUCCCUAGUACGGUGUGGCCAACCCGGCUCCCGACCUCUGCCUCGACUAAUAAACAGUCGGCCAGGCCAGUGGUGGCUACCACCGAGGCAUUGUCUUCUCCAGCACCAGACAGUGAUUCUGCUCUCCCAAAAGACAAUGAAGGAGCUGAGGAUGGAGAGAAAGAUGAAAAAAGUGAAAGCGAGGAUGGCGAAAGAGAGCACGAAGAAGAGAGAGAAAAGGAUUCCGAGAAAAAAGAGAAAAGUGGGGUGACCGAAGCUGCUGAAACACAGGAUAACAGUGAAGCUGCAAACACCACUCUUUCUCCCAACAGAACUAUGGAGCAGGGAGGAAAUGAAACUAUAUCUGAUCAUGAGCAAAGCCAAAAUAUUGUACCAACAGGUAGGACUCCUGCAAGCCGAGAAGGACUUACAGGAAUAGACACUGCGUUCAAUACAGUCAGAUCCACCCAAGUGCCGACACUAUUCAUUCAUGAACAAUACACUGGUGAGAUUCCAAGAAGACCAGAAACAGCAUCAACAUCUUUACCAAAAGAUAACAGAUUUAUUACCAUUUACCCAGCAGACAAGAAUAUUUCCAGCAUGACCAACAGACCCACUCGUGGCAAAAUGGAAUGGAUCAUUCCUCUCAUUGUGGUCUCAGCCUUGACAUUUGUGUGCCUAAUCCUUCUUAUUGCUGUGCUAGUUUACUGGAGAAAAUGUUUCCAGACAGCUCAUUUCUAUGUAGAAGACAGCAGUUCUCCUCGGGUGGUACCAAACGAAACCGUCCCCAUCAUUCCCAUCCCAGAUGACAUGGAAGCUAUUCCUGUCAAACAGUUUGUGAAGCAUAUCGGUGAAUUGUAUGCCAACAACCAGCAUGGGUUUUCAGAAGAUUUUGAGGAAGUGCAGCGUUGUACAUCCGACAUGAACAUCACCGCUGAACAUUCCAAUCACCCCGACAACAAGCACAAAAACAGAUACAUCAACAUUUUAGCAUAUGAUCAUAGUCGAGUGAAACUAAGACCUUUACCAGGAAAAGAUUCAAAGCACAGCGACUACAUUAAUGCCAAUUAUGUUGAUGGUUACAACAAAGCGAAAGCCUACAUUGCCACCCAGGGCCCUUUAAAGUCAACAUUUGAAGAUUUUUGGAGAAUGAUUUGGGAGCAAAACACUGGAAUUAUCAUCAUGAUUACAAAUCUUGUGGAAAAAGGAAGAAGAAAAUGCGACCAAUAUUGGCCAAUGGAAAACAGUGAGGAAUAUGGCCACAUCAUUGUCACACUGAAGAGCACAAAAGUACAUGCUUGUUACACUGUCCGCCGCUUCACAGUCAGGAACGCAAAAAUGAAAAAAGGGAAUCCCAAAGGACGUCAAAACGAAAGGACAGUCAUUCAGUACCAUUACACACAGUGGCCUGACAUGGGAGUACCUGAAUAUGCACUUCCCGUGCUGACGUUUGUGAGAAGAUCCUCUGCAGCCAGAACUGCUGAGAUGGGUCCAGUAAUUGUACAUUGCAGUGCUGGUGUUGGCAGGACUGGUACCUACAUUGUAAUAGACAGCAUGCUGCAACAAAUAAAAGACAAAAGCACAGUUAAUGUCUUGGGUUUCCUGAAACACAUCAGGACACAGCGCAACUACCUCGUCCAGACGGAGGAGCAGUACGUUUUCAUUCAUGAUGCCUUGUUGGAAGCCAUUCUCGGGAAAGAGACUGAAGUUUCUGCCAAUCAGCUACAUAGCUAUGUCAACAGCAUUCUCAUACCUGGCAUUGGAGGCAAGACUCGACUAGAGAAACAGUUCAAGCUGGUUAUGCAAUGCAAUGCAAAAUACAUAGAAUGCUUUAGUGCCCAAAAAGAUUGCAACAAAGAGAAGAACAGAAACUCAUCAGUAGUGCCAUCUGAGCGAGCAAGGGUAGGACUAGCACCAUUACCUGGCAUGAAGGGAACUGAUUACAUUAAUGCCUCGUAUAUCAUGGGCUAUUAUCGGAGUAAUGAGUUCAUCAUAACACAGCAUCCCCUGCCACAUACAACUAAAGACUUCUGGAGAAUGAUCUGGGAUCACAACGCACAGAUCAUUGUCAUGCUUCCAGAUAACCAGAGUUUCGCAGAAGAUGAGUUUGUGUACUGGCCAAGUCGGGAAGAAUCCAUGAACUGCGAGGCAUUUACAGUCACCCUUAUCAGCAAGGACCAGCUGUGCCUCUCUAAUGAGGAGCAGAUCAUCAUCCAUGACUUUAUCCUUGAGGCUACUCAGGAUGAUUACGUUUUGGAAGUUCGCCACUUUCAGUGCCCCAAAUGGCCAAAUCCAGAUGCCCCAAUCAGCAGUACUUUUGAGCUUAUCAAUAUAAUCAAGGAAGAGGCCUUAACAAGAGAUGGCCCAACCAUCAUUCAUGAUGAGUAUGGAGCAGUGGCAGCUGGAACAUUAUGUGCUCUGACUACCCUGUCUCAGCAACUGGAGAAUGAAAAUGCUGUUGAUGUUUUCCAGGUGGCAAAAAUGAUCAAUCUGAUGAGGCCUGGCGUAUUUACAGACAUUGACCAGUACCAAUUUCUUUACAAAGCAAUGCUAAGCCUGAUCAGCACUAAAGAAAAUGGAAAUGGCCCCAUGGCAAUGGACAAAAAUGGUGUUGUUAUGGCCAGUGAAGAAUCAGAUCCUGCAGAAAGUAUGGAAUCUCUUGUCUAAAAGGAAUACUUAAAGGCACUUAAUUUGUGGAAUUUCUGAAGACUGAACUUUUUGAGGCCUUUUUUGCCAGACUCUAGGUUAUACAAUAACCCAAUUACUUUUUUACACUGAUAAAAAGUUUUGAUAUUUAUUUUUGCCAUUUUACGUCUUAAUGGUAUCCUACUGAGCAUUUGCACCUCUGUUUAUUUCACACAGUGAAACACAAAUUUUAUCUAGUUUGCACUAUAUGAUCAGUGUUAACUGCCUAUAGAGAUAUAAUACAAAAGAAAACAAACAAAUCCUGAUGACAUUCCAUGAGAACAGACACACUACUUAUUAGUUGAAAUACCAUGAUGUUUAAUUAAUUCUCAUAAGCCUUGGCUUUACAAUCUUGGAUGCUAGGCCAGAGAAAUAUUUUUGAUUCACAUUAAAAAAUGCUGUACCCUUGACAUAUUCCAAUAUUCAUUGUUUAAUUUGCAUACUGCUACAGUUCUUUUGUUUUCCAGUAACAUGGAUGAGUAGUGUUCUUCAUUUUCUCUCAAACUAGUGAUCACUAGAUAAAUUUUGGAAAGCUACUGAAAUUCAGCUUAACAGCUGCUCUGCAUUGUCUGGAAUUUCUCUUUUGACUUCAUAAAGUUCAAUGAAGUGUUUUCUAUGAAACACAUAAAAUUGUAUUCCCAAAAUGCAAAGCAACUCAGAUUUGUGAUUCAAUUUCAGAUCUCGAAUUUAUACUUUCAUUAAUUCCCAGGUGUUUUUAAUCACAUUCUCAUUUCAAGAAAAUAUUUUGAUCAUAUUUCCACUGAGGACAAUUUAAUUACAGUGCAACAAUGUUCAAUCAGAUCAUUUUAUUCCAAAAGUAUUUAGCAAUAUUUCCAAUUCAUACACAAUUCACAUUUACAUGUAUAGUUCCUUAAGUUUCUGGAACGGAACCACUGUCUUUACAGUAUGUUAUAUGAUGGAGAAAAGAAUUUCUUAAUUUCAUAGCUGUUAGAUGCCGUUUUUACAGGUGUGUAAUUUUCAUACUCUAGUGCUAAAACGUACUGAUCCAUAUUACUGGUGAAGCGAUCUAAUAAAAAAAACUACCUAUAAGAUUACAUUCUUCCUCUUUUUUUAACACUAUUGAUUAGUAUGUACUUCCCAAUUUCAUAAUUUCAUUUUUCGAUACUAUACAUAAUAUUCUACAAAAUAAUCCUAUAUGUCUACUCAAAAGUAAAUUACACUGAAUCAAUGUAUAAUAGGAUUACAAAGUUAAUAUGUUUCACUCCCUUUGAAAAAAAAAUCUGCUCAUUAUCUUUUAACAUUUAAUGUUUUGUUCCAAAUAACUUUAAAAAGUUGUGCUUUCCAAACCAUUUGUGAAGCUCAGUUGAAUAUAUGGUUCUCUCACACGGAAGAUCAAUGGCUACUCAGUAGGAAACCAACAUAUUAUCUCCAGUAUCAGAGGCAACAGGCUUCUCAGUUUCAGUUACUGGGGGAAAUGAUGGGGACAAUACUAUUUUUGCUUAUAUUCUGCUUCCGGAUGUGACAUUGGUACUGGUAGAAGAAAGAGCCUUUGAUCUUUAUCAGUACUGCUUUUCCUAUGUUUUUGCAUUGUACAAAUGAGAAAUGAACUAGCUUCUAGUGAAAUACAAUCUUUUUAUAUAAGCUGAAGAUAUAGAGUAACUCAGUAGAUAUGACAGCAUUAGUUUUCAUAGCUAAAGCAAGCCUCCUUUGCACUUUUGGUUGCUAUCCUGAGAGCUCCUCAAGCAUCAGAGAACAGACAAGUAGAUGUUUUCAGGAAAGCCAUUUGAUUCCACCCAAUGGCUAUCUGGAUUAGCUCAAUCAAAAAGCAGUUUGUGUGUUCUCUGAAUGAGUGAGGUUUAUUUAUCUCUGUUUCCAAUUCAAACUAGAUAAAAUAAUGUGCCAGCAUAUGAAAGUAACAAGGUAUGAAAAUGGCAGACUGUAACAAACCAAAGUGAAGUUGCCUCAUUUAAAUGUUCUCUCUUGAGCUGUCAGGGUAGAAGUGGCUGUACUUAUGGAAAAGGAAUCCAGAAUUAAUCAAAAGAAAAAUUUACUGUAAUUGAUAAAAGUAGAUAAAAACUGGACUGUAAGCCAGAAAUGGGUUGUCAGAUAUUCCUUCAUUUAAGGCAAGAGUUCCUACCUAGCCCAUAGAAGGAAUCACAGAAUCAGUUAAACCUUAGCAUUUUCCUAGGUAUUUGGCUGGCAUAUAAUUGUUUUCCCUAUUGUAUGAAUUCCAAUUCUAAAAUGGUAUAUUCCAAACAUUUAUUAACUCAGUAAGAACAAGAUCAUUGUAUAUCCUAUACCUUCAUUUCUUCCUUUAAAAAAAACAUACUUUGAAUAGUUCCUCUAAAGCAGGAACCUAAAGUAGUCAACCUUUUUAUACCUACCGCCCACUUUUGUAUCUCUGUUAGUAGUAAAAUUUUCUGACCACCCACCGG